AUGUCUCAAUUGGAAAAAUUAUAUAAUACUAUCAAAAAAAAUUUAGAAAAAAUAGACACUGAAUUGAUCGAGAAGAAAACUGUGUUACCUCUUAUCACACUCUUAGAACCAACAGUGGGACGUAGAUCUCCCAAUGCAUUUAUUAUCUAUUGCAAAGAUCAUGCAUCUUUUAUAAAAAACAAACCUGGAGAUAAUUCUAAAUUAUUAGGAAAAAUGUGGGAUAACGAACCAGCUGAUAUAAGGAUGGUUUAUGGUCUCUUAUCAAAUAUAAUGUCAACAUCAUAUAAAGAGUUCUUUUCAGGUACACAACCAUUGGAUCAAUCUAUUUCAAUGCCCGCCUUCUGUGUUAAUCCGAUAUAUCAACCUUACGCGAUUGAAAAAGAACCAAUUAAUGUAGUAGAACCAAUUAAUAUGGAAGAACCAAUUAAUUCUGUACAGGAUUCAGAAUUACCCGAUGAAACAAAACAACAAAAACAGGAAGAAAGUACUCCCGUUUUAAACGAAAGUCCAGGCAUUAUACAGCAAGAUGAAGUGGGCACGGAACGUGACUUUAUUAAUCCUUAUUUGGCGCUUUAUUUAGCUUAUUAUAAUAUUUAA